CGCAUGCGCAGAAGGAAUCCAUAGCGUCGGCUCUAGAGGAGUUGUAGUGGAAGCGGCCUGGUGUGCUGACCGCGGCCAGAGCUGGUGGGGCGCCAUGCUGUCACCGGAGGCGGAGCGGGUGCUGCAGUACCUGGUCGAGGUGGAGGAGCUCGCCGAGGAGGUGCUGGCGGACAAGCGGCAGAUUGUGGACCUAGACACCAAAAGGAAUCAGAACCGAGAAGGCCUGCGGGCCCUGCAGAGAGAUCUCAGCCUCUCUGAAGAUGUGAUGGUUUGCUUUGGGAGCAUGUUUAUCAAGAUGCCUCACUGUCAGACAAAGGAGAUGAUUGAGAAAGAUCAGGACCACCUGGAUAAAGAAAUAGAAAAACUCCGAAAACAACUUAAAGUGAAGGUCAACCGCCUCUUUGAGGCUCAAGGCAAACCGGAGCUGAAGGGUUUUAACCUGAAUCCCCUCAACCAGGAUGAGCUCAAAGCUCUUAAGAUCAUCUUGAAAGGAUGAGACUCAGGUGUGAAGAGGGAAUCUAUUGCCAGCACCCUUCUGGGCAGGAGGACCGGAUGUUCCAACCUUGAGUCCUGGAAGGACAGGAUUGGCCCUGUGUCUGUGGUUCCUCUGCAGAAGUCUUUCUGUAGCUCUCAACUGCUUUGUGGUGGCAAGAGGGAUCCCUCAUACUGUCCCUGCCUGCCUGGCCUGGCCACCAGGGCUCAGUGGACACAAGACCUAUUGACAAGCCUUGGCAGCUGCUAGUAGGUGUGUGGGGGUGUGGGAGCGGCCACAGUCGGCAUUUCUCAACAGUGGCCUGCUGUUCAGAUGGCCUCAGCAGGCAGGGAGCAAAGCAGGGGCUUCGUUGGGGUUCUCUGUUCAAAGGGGAGAGGCAUCUUCACCCAGCUAGAAGACAGAAGGGGGCUGGCAGAUGCCGCUUAGUGCUCCAUGCUCACCAAACUUCUGCAACAGACACACUUCUCUCCCACUGCCUCUAGCUUUGCCCUUUGUCCUGCUGCCUUCUGGAACAGGGGCUGCUUGUCCAUUGUGGCUGCUCUUGACUCAGGAGGGGUUGCAGGGCCCUGCCCUGGGGCUCCCUCCUGCUAUGCUGCCCACAGGGAUCGCCCUCCACGCCUCUGCCGACAGGGCUUGGCCAGUGCUGCCCAGAGUCCCAGCCACCUUCCUCAUCUGCAGUCCUGGUUUGAGGGCAGAAUUGUGCUUUGUGUUCAUUGAAGGCUCAAUAAAUGUUACCCAUGUGGGUGAAUAGCUUCCAGUCACCUCA